UGACGCUAUAAAACAUCCAGGAACUCACACUGCCAAGCUUUCACGACAGCCAAACCUCCAAAAUGCCUGCAGACUUCAAUGGAACAUGGGAUAUGGUCAGCAAUGACAAUUUAGAUGGCUACAUGAUUGCACUUGACAUUAACUUUGCAACACGCAAAGUCGCCUCUAUGCUGAAGCCUCAGAAGGUGAUCAAACAAGAUGGAGAUUCUUUCACCUUCCAAACUAUCUCCUCAGUGUUAAAGUAUGAGUGCGUCUUCAAAAUUGGAGAGGAGUUUGAAGAGGUGACCAAGGGCAUGGACAACCGCAAGUGUCGGUCAGUGGUUAACUGGGACAACGAUAAGCUGGUGUGUGUUCAGAAAGGAGAGAAGAAAGACAGAGGCUGGACUCACUGGAUUCAGGGAGACGAGCUCCAUCUGGAGUUGGCCUGUGAAGGUCAAGUGUGCAAGCAAGUCUUUAAAAGGAUGUGACCCUGACUUUGAAGAUAAUGGCAUACCUCAUACAUGUUUUCAUCAUGAGAUGAGAUGCAUGCAAAAUAAAAUAAAAAAAGCAGACCAGA